UUGGAGCAGCCAGGAAAGACCUUGCCUGGGUGAUAUUGCCCACUGUGUUUCUCUCUCCCCUCAGCCCGCAGAGCUCCGCUCCUCCAUUAGUGCGUUCUCUCCUGCGCUGCCUGUGGAGUCCGGACGCCGCAGCAUCACCUGCACCGGGGUUCGGCCGGCUGUCACGCCGCUGACCGAGGACACCUCCGCAGACACGCUCACCACUGUCUUGGCCGUGUCGAUAUUCUGCUCGCCGGAGUUCUGCUGCCUCAGUUUCUGAGACGCUGAUCUCCAGCUCGUGACUGUCAGCGUCUGUACUGCAAAACCUCAAGGAGACGAAGCAGCCAGACACUUGGAUGAGCUGACCCUUCGUCCUCCCUCCUCCUCCUCCUCCUCUGCUGGCAGAUGACAUGACCUGCAGCCACACGGAGCAGACAGGCGAGAGGGCCGGAGAUCACAUCUAUUGUGUCUGCGGAGAGAGCGCAGCAGUAGCAGUAGUGAAGCCCUGCCAGCCUCUGAAGAAGACAUAAACCAGGUCGAGUGGGAGCUUGGCUACUUCGAAACCAACAGAGGCAGCUCGCCAUCGACGGGGACGAAGUAGAAAGCAUGAGUUCGUGCAGCACAGAUGUUAAGGAAAAUCGGAACUUGGACAACCUCUUCUCCAAAGAGGGGGUCGCAGCUGAAGCUGCUCAACUCCCCAAUGGGAGUGCUGGGGGUGGGAGGAAACGUCCCUUAGAGGAGGGCAAUAAUGGGCAUACACAUUCCAAGUACAGGCCCAAGAAGCGUAAGAAAGUCCCUGGGCCCAUUCUGCCCAAGAAUGCCCUGAUGCAGCUGAAUGAGAUCAAGCCAGGGCUGCAGUACAAACUGCUCUCUCAGACGGGGCCGGUCCACGCACCCGUCUUCGUGAUGACUGUGGAGGUCAACGGGCAGCUCUUCGAGGGUUCGGGUCCGACCAAGAAGAAAGCUAAGCUGAACGCAGCAGAGAAGGCCCUACGCUCCUUCGUCCAGUUCCCCAACGCAUCUGAAGCCCACAUGGCCAUGGGCCGGACAUUGUCGGUCCACACGGACUUCACCUCAGACCAGGCGGACUUUCCAGACAUGCUUUUUAAUGCUUUCGAGACGGCCACUCCUGUAGAUGACGCCUUUUACCUCGGAUCCAACAGUAAUGGUUCCUUCAGUUCAUUGGGAAUAGAGUACCCAUUGCUACCCUCCCCUGUCCCAAACCUGGUCCAGGCCCCCUUACCUCCUGCCCCCUCCACUUUCAUCUCCCCUACAAGCAGCAAGAAUCCUGUCAUGAUCCUCAACGAGUUACGGCCGGGCCUCAAGUACGACUUUGUGUCGGAGAGCGGGGAGAGUCAUGCCAAGAACUUUGUCAUGUCAGUGACGGUAGACGCUCAGAACUUCCAGGGUUCUGGGCGGAACAAGAAGCUGGCCAAGGCCCGGGCUGCCCAGGCUGCUCUGUCUGCUCUGUUUAACAUGCAGCUGGAUCAGGUUCCAUCAAGACAGCCUAUACCCAGAGAAGGACUGCAGCUUCACCUGCCACAGGUCCUGGCAGACGCCGUCUCUCAUCUGGUCGUUGACAAGUUCAGCGAGCUGACGGACAACUUCGCCUCCCCGCACGCUCGGCGGAAAGUGUUGGCAGGUGUCGUCAUGACAACAGGCGCUGAUGUGAAGGAGGCAGAGGUCAUCUGCGUGUCCACAGGGACAAAGUGCAUCAAUGGUGAAUACAUGAGCGACAGAGGCCUGGCCCUCAACGACUGCCACGCUGAGAUUGUGGCGCGGCGGUCGCUCAUCAGGUACCUGUAUUGCCAGCUGGAGCAUUUCCUCAGUAACCACGAGGAGGACCACCACAGAUCCAUCUUCACCCGAUGUGACAACAGACAAGGCUUCAGACUGAAGGAUAACGUCCAGUUCCACCUGUACAUCAGCACCUCCCCCUGUGGAGACGCCCGCAUCUUCUCUCCUCACGAGGCUGGAGUGGAGGAUCAGGGAGACCGACACCCGAACAGAAAGGCCCGCGGGCAGCUCCGCACCAAGAUCGAGUCCGGCGAGGGGACCAUCCCGGUCCGCUCCAGUAACACCAUCCAGACGUGGGACGGGGUUCUCCAGGGGGAGAGGCUGCUCACCAUGUCCUGCAGCGACAAGAUCGCCAGGUGGAACGUGGUUGGGUUCCAGGGCUGCCUGAUGAGCUACUUCACCGAGCCCAUCUACUUCUCCAGCAUCAUCCUGGGCAGCCUGUACCACGCCGACCACCUCUCCAGGGCCAUGUACCAGAGGAUUACCGAGAUCGAGGACCUGCCACCGUCCUUCAGCUUGAACAGGCCGCUGCUCAGCGGAAUAAGCAACGCAGAGGCUCGCCAGCCCGGCAAAGCCCCCAACUUCAGCGUGAACUGGACGGUGGGCGACCAAGCCCUGGAGGUGAUCAACGCCACCACGGGGAAAGACGACCUGGGUCGGCCGUCGAGGCUGUGCAAACACGCCCUCUACAGCCGCUGGAUGCGCCUGCACUGCAAGCUCUCCUCCACCCUGCGGAUCAAAACGGUGAGGCCCAGCAGCUACCACGAGGCCAAGCAGGCGGCGGCGGAGUACCACAGCUCCAAGCAGAAGCUCUUCAGAGCCUUCCACAAGGCCGGACUGGGCGCCUGGGUGAAGAAGCCUAUAGAGCAGGACCAGUUUUCCCUCACCACCUGAUGAGCCAGCGCCGGCAUUCUUUGACAGAAAAACGCAUCAGACUUCACUUUGAGAAAGCGUUUCUGUGGAGGAAUUCUUCCCCUUUGGAACAGUCGCGCACCGGACAGUGUUGGUGGGAGGAACGAGGAUGUCAGACCUGCGGAAUCAACAUUCCUCCUCCAUUUUCAAGCCUCACGCUCCUCCUCUCAGCCAGCACUUACACAUCCACUAAAAGAUGAUUAUUCAGUCAGUUAUGCAACUUUCUACACAGGACUUAAUGUGAAAAACAGACUUCGGGAAUGGAAACUUGUAAACAGCAUCGUUAGUUCAAACGUUUGUGAUGUAUUGAUUUUGCAUGUGGGAUUAUACCAAAUUCAUAGGAAGUGGACAGUGAAAGGUUUGUUCUCAUGUUCAGUGUUGUGAUCGCAGAUUAUCAGUGUCGUGAUGACUCCAGAAUGUCCUCCUGCAGUCCCUAAAGCUGUCUCUGAUCUGCUCAUUUGCACGUCUUUGACUGCACAUUUAAGGCCACAGGGACGUUUUCUUUGAUUUGAAGCUAAAAAUACGCACUCUGAUGUCGAAAAAUGACUUGAGUCUGAUAUUAGAAGAUAGUCAUCUGCUGCUCCAGCAUCCUCUGAUGUAUUUUCUCCCCACAAACAUGCAAGUUUUAUGGACUCUGGAUUAGAUCUAGCUAAGUAUGCUGGACCUGACAACGCUGUUUUGAACAAGAACAGCGAGUUGAGCCUGUGUAUGAAGCGACGCUUUAAAGGCUGCACAGCUUAAAGAAACCGGGAGACCACCACGGCUGACUGUCAUAGGCUGAGACACCAGUCAAUCAAAGAUAGUGUGCAGAAUUUAGGCAGAUCUAGGGGCAGAAAUGCAAUAUGAUCUUCAUAAUUAUGGUUUUAAGAUUCAUUGUGUUUUUGUUACAUUACAGUGAGCUUUUAUAUCCACAGAGUCACCAUCACGUUUGUACAGUGGAGUGGAUUCGGCUUUCAAUGCAAAAAGAUAUUACAUUAACAAGGUUACAUAGCCACGUUUCAUGAAUUUUUCAGUAUUGUCAUUAAAGCUAGGGUCUGUAA